CCCGCGCUGGUAUCCUAUGAAUAUACGCCUAGCGUCCUAAAGGCCGCUCUCGGACGAGUUCGACUCCCCGCGGUCGGCGUCGCGGGCCAUAAGUCCCUUCCACUGGCGCGGCGCGUCGGCGCGUCAUUCCAACGUCCCCUGGAAUGCAUACGUACGUCAUACCGGUCGAAUUUUGUCGAUAGGUGCCCAAGCGGCCCGCGAUCGACAUUCACCGAAUAUGCUCUCCCGACCGGCCGCGGAUUGACAUGUGGCGACGGAUAGCUGGUGGACUUCUGAAGGUGCAUCGCUGUUUGCGUUGGUCAGGCGCUUCUCUACCAGCAAUUUGGAGAUCUGUUCGCAGUCGCGCGCCGAUUUAGGGCCUUCGCAGAGCACCAGGCUUUUGGGCACUCGCAGACCGC